AUGGCACCCAUCCCAACUUCGACCGCUGGCCCCGUCGACGACCACCGCAUCCCGGUCCAGGAUGCCGUCAUGGCCGCUGCUGCCGGUGAGAGGAGUGUCGUCGAAGGCGACGGUCUCUUCGCUCUCAAGAACUCGACCAGCGUGGUGACGGGUGGCGCACGAGGCAUCGGCCUCACGCUCGCCGCUGCGCUCGUCGAAGCCGGCUCACACGUUGUCUGCCUCGACUUGCUGGACGAGCCCUCUUCGGAACCCGACUGGCUCAUGUUCAAGGCGCGGGCCAAGGAGCUCGGUCUCACCGCACGCUACGUUCAGGCCGACAUUACAGACGCACUUCAGAUCAACACUGUCGUCUCUGAGAUCGCUGACGAGGCUGCCUCGCUCGGUCGACCUCUCAACACGAUGCUCCACGCCGCCGGUGUCCAGAAGCCCGGCACGGUAUUUGAUUGCGACCCGGCGCACUUUGACUGGGUGAUGCGCGUCAACGUGACAGGCACCUUCAUUGUCACUCAAGCCGCCGCCCGUGCUAUGCGCAAGCACAAAUCCGGCGGUAGCAUCAUCCUGAUCGCCUCCAUGUCUGGCUACAUCUCGAACCGUGGCCUCUACUGCACCGCCUACAACUCGUCCAAAGCUGCGGUGCACCAGCUGUGCCGCUCCACCGCCGUCGAGCUCGCCGAACACAACGUCCGCGUCAACACCAUCAGCCCUGGCUACGUCAACACCAAGAUGGUCGAACAGCUGCUCCAGAAGGAGCCGGCGCUGCUGGGACAGUGGACCAACGACAACCCCAUGCACCGCAUCGGCGAGCCGAGCGAGUUCAAGGGCGCUGCUGUGUUCUUGGCCAGUGGCGCCAGCUCGUUCAUGACCGGUGCUGAUCUCAGGAUGGAUGGUGGUCACUGCGCUUGGUGA